UUGAACCAAAAAAUCUAGAGCAAAUACCCAACAUGGGAAUCUCACAUUCUACCCCAAAAUCUCCACCUUAUCUUCUCGAAGAACCACUACCAACCACCAGCACCACCGCCACCGCCACCAAAGACCCAAAGAAGCUAGCUCUAAUCCCAUUAAUUUUUCUGAUCUACUUUGAAGUAGCUGGAGGCCCAUAUGGAGAAGAGCAAGCAGUUGGUGCAGCAGGACCCCUCUUGGCCAUCCUUGGCUUCCUCAUCUUCCCCUUCAUAUGGAGCAUCCCGGAAGCUCUCGUCACUGCUGAGCUCGCCACCACUUUCCCCGGCAACGGUGGCUUUGUCAUAUGGGCUCACCAAGCCUUUGGCCCCUUCUGGGGCUCCCUCAUGGGCUCAUGGAAGUUCCUCUGUGGUGUCAUCAACAUUGCUUCCUACCCAGUUCUCUGUGUGGACUACCUCAAACUCCUCUUCCCCAUCUUCUCUUCCGGCCUUCCUAGGUAUUUAGCAGUGUUGUUUUCAACUCUGCUGCUCUCCUUUCUGAACUACACAGGUUUGAGCAUAGUGGGUUAUACUGCAGUUUCUCUAGGGAUUAUUUCACUGUCUCCAUUUCUGGUUCUUACUUUGAUAUCUAUACCUAAAAUUGAGCCAAUCAGGUGGCUGAGUUUGGGUGAGAAAGGUGUAAAGAAAGAUUGGACAUUGUUCUUCAAUACCCUCUUCUGGAACUUGAAUUUUUGGGACAGUGCAAGUACUUUAGCUGGUGAAGUUGAUCAGCCACAAAAGACCUUUCCCAAGGCACUGUUUUCUGCUGGUAUGCUUGUUUGUUUGGCAUACUUGAUCCCUCUCUUGGCUGCAACUGGGGCUAUUCCCUUAGACCAGCAAGACUGGGUGGACGGCUAUUUUGCCGAUGUGGCUCAAAUCAUCGCCGGAAAAUGGCUGAAAGUCUGGGUGGAAGUUGGGGCUGUUUUAUCAACAAUUGGGCUCUUUGAGGCACAGUUGAGCAGCUGUGCUUACCAGCUUCUGGGCAUGGCGGAUUUAGGAUUUGUGCCUCGGUUUUUCGGGGUUAGAUCGACAUGGUUCAACACACCCUGGGUGGGAAUUCUGAUAUCAACUGUAUUCGGACUUGCAGUAUCUUUUAUGGAUUUCAGUGAUAUAAUCUCUUCAGCCAAUUUUCUGUACAGUUUAGGGAUGUUACUUGAAUUCGCCUCAUUCCUUUGGUUGAGGAGGAGGUGGCCGGCGGUGAACAGGCCAUACAAGGUGCCAAUGGGGCUACCUGGAUUGGUGAUCAUGUGCUUGGUUCCUUCUGGGUUUUUGGUCUUUGUGAUGGCAAUUGCUACCAAAACUGUCUGUAUAGUUAGUGGUCUGCUCACGCUUGUUGGGAUUUUUUGGUACUUUUUGAUGAAUUUUUGCAAGUCAAGGAUGUGGCUUGGGUUCAAUACUGUUGGGGAAAGAGUGGAAGAUGGGGAUGUAGAGUAGAUUAUUGAUCAAAGCCAUGUGGGUACUUUUGGCCCUUUUAGGGUGGAUUGUCUCCAAUAUUUACAAAGGAAAAUAAAUGGUGAGUUUGUAAAUUAGUCUUCUUCAGUUUGUGUAGGCAAAAGUGUACCAAAGCUCAAUAUUGAACUGAAUGAGAGAGCUCCAAUCAUAUUACAAAUUCCAUUA